GGCAACCCUUUUACAUAGAACCGCACGAAACCUGAUUCAGAUUCAGACAUUUUCUGAACAAGAAAAAAAAAAUCGCGACAAAAUUCCCAGUUUUUGAAUCUCUGAACAAUCAGACCAUUUUCGUAACAAAAUUUUUUCUAAAAAAUUUCCCAAUAUUUGAAUCGUUCACCUUUACGUUCAAUUAUCUUAUGAAUAAUGUAUAUUUUUCUAAAGCAAACGACGAAUUCAAUCCCCAGUCACCAUGGUGACGGAGAUUCUAGAGAAUUUUCAGAGGUGAUAGGCAAUUUGUAUACUUAGGUGGGACAUUUCUGAAACCUAGAAUCGUUUGAUAUCUCUGGCCUUUCUUGGUUUGAAAGGACACCGAUUUGAUUUAUGCUGAUUCCUGAAUAACAGAAGAACUACAUUGGAAACAAGUAACUUUUUUUCUUCCAAUUCUAUUUCCCAUUUGAACGGAGUUUGAUCUGGAAUGGAGCAAUUUGGGCAGAUCGGAGAGGUGCUGGGAAGUUUAAAGGCUCUAAUGGUUUUUAAAGACAAUAUUCAAAUCAAUCAGAGGCAAUGCUGUUUGUUGGUAGAUAUAUUCAGUUUUGCUUAUGAUUCAAUAGCGGAAGAGAUGAGACAGAACCUGAGAUUUGAAGAGAGGCACUUGAAAUGGAAAGUUUUGGAACAUCCCUUGAAAGAGUUACGAAGGAUAUUCAGAGAAGCAGAAAUUUAUAUCAAACAGUGCCUGGAAAUUAAGGAUUGGUGGGCUCAAGCUAUUAUUCUCUAUCAGAACACAGAUUGCAUUGAGUUCUACAUCCACAACUUACUUGGCUGCAUUCCAAUUGUAAUUGAAGCAAUUGAACUUGCAGGUGAAAUCUCCGGAUGGGAUCAUGAUGAAAUGCAAAAGAAAAGAUAUCUACUCUCCAACAAAUACAGAAAAGAAUGGGAAGACCCAAAACUAUUCCAAUGGAAAUUCGCAAAGCAGUACCUUAUUACUCCAGAUUUUUGUAAUAGGAUUGACAGAGUUUGGAAAGAAGAUAGGUGGAUCCUUCUCAGCAAAAUCCAGGAAAAGAAAAUUUCAGGUAAUACUACAAAGCAGGGGCGUCAGCUCUUAGACCUUCUUUUAAAAAACAUAGAUGGAUCAGAGCCUGGGAAACUUUUACCAUGUAAAAUCCUAGUUAAAUCCAGGGACUACCAGGUGAGGCGGCGGUUAGGGGGUGGGAGCCAAUACAAGGAGAUCCUAUGGUUGGGUGAAAGUUUUGCCUUAAGACACUUUUUUGGGGACAUUGCAGCCCUAGCUCCUGAGAUUUCGUCCCUGUUAUCUCUUUCACACCCAAAUAUCUCGCACUUCCUCUGUGGGUUUACUGAUGAGGAGAAGAAAGAAUGUUACUUGGUUAAGGAACUGAUGACUAGAGACAUUCAGAGCUAUAUCAGAGAGAUAUGUGGCCCAAGAAGAAGAAUUCCAUUUUCUCUUCCUGUUGCUGUUGAUCUUAUGCUUCAAAUUGCUAGAGGAAUGGAGUACCUCCACUCUAAAAAAAUAUACCAUGGUGAUUUAAAUCCUUCCAACAUUCUUGUUAAAUCUAGAGGCAGCAGCUCAGAUGGGUACCUGCAUUGCAAGGUUUCAGGAUUUGGCCUAACUUCCGUGAAAAAAUUCACAACGAAAAGUUCUUCAACUCAGAAUGGACCACUACCAUUCAUAUGGUAUGCUCCGGAAGUUCUAGAAGAACAAGAACAAACAGGAAGUACUGGGAAUCUAAAGUACACAGAAAAAUCUGAUGUUUACAGUUUUUCAAUGGUGUCCUUUGAGCUUCUGACUGGGAAAUAUCCAUUUGAAGAUGCCCAUUUACAAGGAGACAAAAUGAGCCGAAACAUCAGAGCAGGAGAGAGGCCUUUGUUCCCAUUCCACUCGCCAAAAUAUGUCACAAACCUGACUAGGAGAUGCUGGCAAGCUGAGCCAAGCCAGAGACCCACCUUCUCUUCUAUUUGUAGGAUUCUUCGUUACAUAAAACGGUUCCUUGUGACGAACCCAGAUUACAAUAGCCAACAAUUCCCACCAAUGCCACUAGUCGAUUACUUUGAGCUUGAGAUGAGACUUUUGAGCAGCAAAUUCCCUUCUUGGGAAACACACAAUCCUUUACCAAUAACAGAAAUUCCAUUUCAGAUGUUUGCAUAUAAAGUUGAGGAAAAAGAUAAAGCAUUCGCAACUCCUAGAGAUACAUCAGAAUCAGGAAGUGAUAAAGCUUCGAUUAGUGGUGAUGAAAAUGUGAUUACAAUUGAAGAACCAUUUCCACAUCUAACAGAAAGGAAGUUCUUACCUUUGCCUGAAGCUAUGAACAAGAAACUCCCAUUGUCAAGAAGAUAUUCAGAAGUGAGAGGGAAUAAACCAGAGACAUCGAAGAAAGAUCGAUUAGCGAGACCUCCACAAUUGACUCCUCGUGCACGCCCUUUAAGAAUGAAUUCCGAGAGUCAGCUAAUGGUGAGGAGUCUAACGCUGCCACGAUUACGUUCUGGUCAUAUGUCAGAUUCUGAGCUCUCCUAGAAACUGUAGUCUCAGGAUAUUUCAAGCGGAUAUGCGAAUCAGUUAUUAGCAUUCUUCUAGCCAAACCAUAUCUGGAGUGGGCACUUUGUUGGGUCGAAUUCUUGUGGCAGCCAGUUUGGUACAGCAGGAAUAUUUUCGCUGCCCUAAUGAAUCUUUGAACCUGUAAACCUGGUUGUUUAUGCUGAACAACCAUUCUCUUUUCUGUAUCAUUAAAAAAUUUCAGCUAUAUAUUGUCAAAGAAAAGAAUUCAAAGCAUGAAAAUCAUUUAUCAAAUUAGCAGAAGUAAAUUUCUUUUCAAGAUCAGCUGAAGGGGCUAUGCAAUGACAUAUAUACUAGAAACUCCACUCUGUUGAGGUCACGGUUAGAGUAAGUGUUAUUUUGUAUUAUGUAUAACAUGGUGAAUUGUAAUAAGAGAAUCAAUGCAUGUCAUAUAGCUAUUUCAACUGCAACACGUCUGCAACAGAUCUGCACACAAAUCUGUAUAUAAACAUACUAUGUUGUAAAAUGUAUAAACUUUUAUCAACUUCAUAGCUCUCAAACACAUUUUCAUCUCUCUUAAGGGAUUCUAGCAUA